GCCGCCCGCCCGCCCACCUCCAGGCCGAGCUGCACCGCCGUAGCUCCCGGCUCACCGGCCAUGGACGCGUAGCGGCGGGAGGAGAAGAGCGUUCCUCAGGAGCCCCCGCGUCGCGAUGGCGGACAGCGCCGCGGCCACCGCCGCCGCUCCCGCCGCCGUGAAGGGCAGCAGCUCGGCGGGGCACUGGUGGAAGUCGCUGACCGGCAAGAAGAAGCACAAGGAAGCCGCGGCCGCCCCGCCGCCCCCCGCCGAACCCCCCGCCGCGACCCCCAACGCCGGCUCCCCGGAGGAGCCGCCCCCCGCUCUGGGUAGCGGGGAGCACCCGGGUGUGGGCGGUGGAGCCCGACGGAGCCUCCGCGUCUCGCACUCGGGCCGCUUCAAGGAGCGGCGGAAGGUGCGCACCUCGCUGCUGGCCGACGGCCCCGAGGUCUUCGACGGAGCAGAGCCCGGGCGCGCCGCCCCUGAGGGCAAGUAGCCCCGGGGAGGGAGAGCAGCCCCGGGGGCUGGCCUCGCUCCUCGCACCCGCUCGGGGGGCACAGCCUCGGGGGAGCCCCGUACGCCGCGUGGAGCCGACAGCAAGCGGAGGCCUAUGGGACUGCGUGCGUGAUGAGGAGCGACGCUUCCAAUCGAGGGACGACGUGAUUGCCUUAACGAUGAUACCAAUGGACAUUCCCCGCCCUGAACUGCGGUGGACAGGUGCAAAGGUGCUAUCCCGGGGUCUCCGUGCCUUUCCUGGCCCUGUCUGCGAGCCAGCGCUUCCCGCUCGGCCUGCAGCCCCCAGCCAAAGGUUCACUACUGCCUUUCGAAGGAAGGGGGAACGACACGUUUGGAUCUGAUUUCAGGGCGAGGGAUCUUCCAGCAGUGCCUCCGAACUGCUCUUGGUGGUGGGUGUGCAGGGAAACAAGCCCUGCUUGUGUUUAGAUGCUGGGGGGCGCAGGUGCUCAGGUGCUCUCAGGCAUCGCAUUUAAAUAUGCAAAGGCAGGAGCGCAUUGUUUUCUGCUCUUAGUGCUAAGCAGGUGAUUCAAGAGGUUAGUCUCCCAUAGCUCUGUUACAGAGAGAGGCCAGUUGUUGUCUAACAGCUCCCAUGAAGUACCCAGAGAACCCACCGUUUUCUUAUAAUUGAUGAUAACUGGCAUAACAAAGCUUUGAUGAAGAAAUGCGGAAGACAAGACCAGCCCUUUAGAGCAUGGGUCGUGUGGUACUUUAAGUAUGGUGAUUGGCUUUGGAACCACUGGAAGUAUUCUUUAACAUUUACUGUGUACCAGGCUCCUGGGGCGAGGUGCAGAGCUCCCGAGACCUCUCACUGUCACGCUUUGCCUUGGGCAGCCCCAUCCCUGCAGCUCCAGGAGCUUUGGACAGAGUAAACCGUCCACCAGAUUUGCACUGGUGUUGUGCCUUACAGAGCAAACUCAGCUAAAAAUACUUAGCAAUUACACAUUUCUUGACAGUAGAUGAUGUAGCUGCAACUGCCUUAUUUAUUUUUAAAUGAAUUUGCAAUAUACUUGAUAUCAUUGAAACAGUUUUAGCCUUUUUUUUUUUUUUUAAUGUGAUAUAAGAUAUUACAUCCUGCAGGGACCAAAAAUGAUCUCCUAACAGUCAAGUAUGAUGCAGUUAUGAUUUUGUUUGGUUGUUGUAAUUAAUUAUUUAAGGUAAUGUCAACAUAAAAAGUGACCUGCAAGUAAAAAGAGAGAUGAAUUCUGAGUGAAAAUAUGGAUUGAACCUGUCACUGACAAUCAACGAGAUAAUGUUGUAGAGGCAGGACUGGUGCCCUGUGGUUCACUGUGCAUAAUGGUCUAUAAUGAACUUUGAAAGCUCCUGUGCAAUAAACUAAGACAAUCUUGCUGCCUUAGUUAACAAUCCUUCGCUCGGCUCCUUCAGCCUCCUAAAUCCAAGGAUAGUGGGACUGUAUCAUCAUAAACAUAUUUUCAUAAGAGUCUGCUUUCCACCCAGUGUGCUUUUUCCUUCCAUUUAGUAAAGCUUCAAAGAACUGAUUGCUUUUGGAUUGCCCUGUGUGCUCUUGCCUACAUGCUGACAUUGCAGAGCGAGGAUGGGGCAGCUCUUGGAAGCCACCACUGCUGCUCCUUGGAGAUGCUGCUCCUACGUAGAACUUGUUCACUGAGGGGCACCUAAAGCCAUGAAUGAGAAGUGACUGGAACAAACCCCAUCUUGUACAGAGGGAUCUGAGAGAGAUGAAGUUUAAAACUGGGAAUGGAGGCAGCAGUGACAAAAAUAAUUUAAGCAACGCUGUUGUGAAAAGAUAGUGUUUCCACUCUAAGCUACUUCUUUCUACAGCGAACCCCUCUUUGUUCUUUGGAAAUUGGAUUGCAGGUUCAUUGGCUGAAAGCCCUUACUUGGGCACAGGGUAUCUACAAAUGAUGGUUUUAUCUGAGAAGAACUCUGGUAUGAUGUUCAGAUGGUUGCUGCUAAGAUUUGAUACACGUACAGGUUAAUAUGUGACUACGUAUUAGUCAUAUCUGAAGUCCUGAUGACUGGUACUUCCAGCCUGGAGAUUUGGUCAGAAUAUGAAGUCCACAAAUACACAUAAAUUGACUUGAUAGCAACUGUCCUCCAUCUUAAUCGUGACCUUGAGCUGUGGGAAGGAGAAGUAACUCUAUCUUCCUGCUCAGUCAAAUCCUUGCUUCAAUGAAUUUGAUAGCAGCCACUGAAAAACUAGAUCCAUGAGAAAACUGGCUGCCUGCCGUGUCUCGCUUUCCACGCCCUCUGUGCAGUGCCUUCAGGUUAGUGCUGACCUGGGUUGGCUCAACACGAGGAGCCCCACUGGCCAUGGCCAACUUGUAUGGCAGAAAUAAUCCUCUUCUUUCUCAGCCUGAGCAUCAGAUGAAGAUUUAAGCAAUGUAUACGUCUGUAAAUGAAUUAAGCUGAUACAGGAAAAGCACUACAUUUUAUGGAGCAUCUGAAUUAUUUUUUUAAUCCUUGAAGUAAAGAAAGAUUGAACUUUCUUUUGUAUCAGAAUACUUUUCAGUUAUAACAAUAGUGUAAUUCUAUGCAGUGAAUUAUUAAAAGGCUGUUGGCAUUCUUCGUA